GUCCCAUUUGAGAUACCAGCUGAAUGCACUUUUCGUGUAGAUAUCAUGGACUCACCGGAGAAAAUACUAAUAUCCGUGUAUCGCCGGCCGAGUCACAACCGCAUUCUACGAUAUGCCUAGGUACCUAGUACCUAUAUAACCGCCAAGAAGCCUAGAAACACUAAGACUAUCUAGAAAUGCAAUACCUACCAUCUUCCAAAAUCACACAUACCCCUAUCCAAACCUCACCAUGUCCACCCCCCUCCCCCCAACCCACCGGGCCCUAGUCCUCGAAUCCAUCACAGCCGGCUUCAGCGUCAAAACCAUAGCAACCCCGCACCCCGGGCUCGGCAACGCCAUAAUCCACAUCGCCGCCGCCGGCAUAAUCUCCUACCACCGCGAAGUCUACAACGGCGCGCGCAGCUACUCCUUCCCGCAGCCUAUCGUCGGCGGUCUCAGCGCCAUCGGCCGCGUCGCUGCCUUGGGGCCAGACUCAACUGCCUUGAAGCCCGGACAGCUGGUGUAUGUCGAUUGCGUGAUCCACUCGCGCGACGACCCCGAUGACUUGUUCUUGACGGCGAUACAUGAGGGCCAGACGCCUGGCAGCCGGAAGCUGAUUUCGGAGAUCUGGCGUGAUGGCACUUGGGCGGAGUACGCAAGGGUGCCGCUGGAGAACUGCUUCGCGCUGGAUGAGGAGAGGUUGUGUGGGGAGUUAAAAUACACGGUCCCGGAUCUGCUGUAUAUGAGCUAUUUGCUGGUGCCGUAUGGUGGGUUACGGGAUAUUCGCGUUGAGCCGGGGGAGACGGUUAUUGUGGUGCCGGCGACGGGCGGGUUUGGGGGUGCGGGGGUUAUGACGGCGGUGGCGAUGGGGGCGAGGGUUAUUGCGGUGGGGAGGAAUGAGGGGGAGUUGGUAAGGUUGAAGGGGCUUGUGAAGAGGGGGUCGCCGAAUGCGGGGAUUGAGACGGUGAGGUUGGUCGGUGAUGAGAUGGUAGAUGCGGAUGCGAUGAAGGCUUUUGGGGUUGUUGAUGCGGUGGUGGAUUUUACGCCGCCGCAGGCGGCGAAGUCGGCUCCGCAUGUUAAGAGUGCGAUUUGGGCUUUAAGGAGGAAUGGGAGGGUUAGCUUGAUGGGGUGGAAUGAGGCGGUUAUGGUUCCGCAUGUGGUGAGUCGGAAUAUAACGCUGAAGGGGAAGUUGAUGUAUGAGCGGGAGGAUAUCCUGCAGUUCAUUAAGAUGUUGGAAAGAGGCUUGUUUCCCCGGGGGGAGAAUUUCGUUGACACAAAGGCAUUUAAGUUGGAGGAUUGGAAGGAAGCUCUUGAUGUGGGAGCGGAACACACCGGUAUGGGAAAGUUCGUGGUUUUCACCCCCUGAACCCCUGAUAUUGUCUAUGUAGGUAUCACUAGGUACCUAGAUAGGUAGGUAGGUAGGAGACGAAACAUCACCACUCUAGUAAAUGAAGCAGGAGAUAAUCCGUCUGUUAGAUUAUGAAUGGAACUUCC